AUGGUAGAAACAGCAACAUUUUCUCUUGGUUGUUUUUGGGAUCCCGAUGCUCGAUUCGGAGUAUUAGAUGGUGUUUUAGUAACUCGAGUUGGUUAUUGUGGUGGUACACAUCCGACAACACCUACCUAUCGAACGAUUGGUGAUUACACGGAAAGUGUACAAAUUGAUUUUGAUUCAACACGUAUAUCUUUUACUCAAUUACUUACUUAUUUUAAUCAAUGGCAUACUCCAAAUACUUCGACGACACGUAGCCAAUAUGCAGCGGCAAUUUUCUUUCAUAAUGAACAACAACAACGAGAAGUAAAUGAAAUGAACAUAGAGAAUGUACGUGUGGAUAGAUUUAAUAAAUUUUAUGAAGCAGAAGAAUAUCAUCAAAAAUAUAAUUUAAAAUGGACAAUAAUGGAAACUGAUAUAUUCGGUAAAAAAGAGGAAUGGAUAAAUAAAGAUAAACAAAUGAUUACUAAAUUGAAUGGAUUUCUUGCUGGUUAUGGAACAAACGAACAAUUUCAACAAUGGGAUAAACGUCGAGAAUUGACUAUAAAACAACAAAAUUAUAUUAAAAAUGAACAUAGACAAUGA